AUGGCUUUCCAAGUGUCCGUUUAUCUUUCUUGGGUAAUACUAGUGUUUACAAUAAGAGUUGUAACAGCUGAAGGUGAGGAGUGUAGGAUGACCAGAUGCUCCCAUCAUGGCCCAGAAAUUCGAUUCCCGUUUUGGCUCAAGGAGAAGCAGCCCGAGCACUGUGGCUACCCUGGUUUCCGAGUUUCAUGUCACAGAGGAAAAACUUUGCUACACUUCCAGUACCUUGCAGAUACAUCUCUUCAAGGAAUCCAAAUCCUCCUUUCUAAAGAGGUACCUGUCCGUGGAAUACAGUACGCAUCUCAAAUUAUAAACUUUGAUACUUCAUACUACUCAACCAACAAUCUAAAGUUUGUUUCCAAAUCAACUUUAUCUCCAUCUGAAAAAACUCCUCUUCCUUUUCAAGAAAGGGAUCCACAGUAUUAUCCUGAUAAAGACAGUACUUCAUUUGUCAGUUGUGACUCAAGAAUUAAAGGUGAGUCAAAGGUGAGUUCCGAGAGCAUUUCCCCUGCAAUACUCGCUACUCUUAGCGGACAAUCUUUCCCAGUCUACUAUUUCAGUUACUACGAAAACACUGCUUCACCCUCCAUAAACUCAUGCAGUAGAGUUUUUAACUCUUCAAUCCCAUAUCAAUAUCUAUCUGGAUACUUUUACCUCCAAUGGUCAACUCCAGAUUGUAAAACAUGUGAAGCCAAGGGGGAGCACUGUAAGCUGAAGAAGGAUAAUACUACCAGUAACAACAAAACAGCUAAUCACAGUACCAUAUGUUUAUCUAGAGGUGGGCAUGAGGAUUCAAUUAAACCCAUUGCAGGUAUAAUUCCUGGUGGUACUCUAAUUGUGAUUGUACUUAUAGCAUUACUGUAUUACAUAAUCAGAUCAUAUAGGCAAAAGAAAUACGAUAAAUUGAAAAUUGAAAUGUUUCUGACGGAUUACAAAGCCAUGAAGCCGACAAGAUACAGCUAUUCUGAUAUCAAGAAAAUCACUAGUCAGUUCAGCGAUAAAUUAGGACAAGGAGGAUAUGGGUCGGUGUACAGAGGUCAAAUCACCAAUGACAUUGUUGUUGCAGUCAAGGUCCUCAAUUGUGAUCCGAAAGCUAAUGGAGAAGAUUUCAUCAAUGAAGUGGGAACUAUAGGGCGAAUCUAUCAUGUUAAUGUGGUUCGCUUGGUGGGCUAUUGUGCUGAUGGUUGCAAUAGAGCUCUUGUUUACGAGUUCCAACCUAAUAAUUCGCUUGAAAAGUUUACAUACAGUGGCAAAUAUCACCAGAACAAUUUCCUCGGCUGGGAGAAGAUGCAAGAAAUUGCUCUAGGCAUAGCUAAAGGAAUUGAAUAUCUUCACGAAGGGUGUGCUCAACAGAUCCUGCAUUUUGAUAUUAAACCUCAUAAUAUCCUAUUGGACCAAAAUUUCUGUCCCAAAAUUUCUGAUUUUGGUUUGGCCAAAUUGUGUUCCAAGGACCAAAGCAUUGUAUCGAUGACUAUGGCCAGGGGGACCAUUGGCUAUAUCGCACCAGAAGUGUUUUCUAGAAAUUUUGGAAAGGUGUCGUCCAAAUCAGAUGUUUAUAGUUUUGGAAUGUUAUUGCUUGAGAUGGUGGGAGCAAGGAACAAUAGUACAGCGGAAGACAACAGCGAAUCAUACUUUCCUGAAUGGAUUUUUCAUCGUUUGGAAGGUGGAGAAGUAGCAAUUCAAGUAGAGAAAGAAGAAGAUUCAAACAUAGCAAAGAAGUUAACAGUUAUCGGAUUAUGGUGCAUAGGGUGGCAUCCAGUGGACAGACCUUCAAUGAAACACGUGAUCCAUAUGUUAGAAAGUGAAGAAUGUCCGAAAAUGCCACCUAAUCCUUUCAGAUCAUCAAAUGUCCAUUCUUUUACAAAUGUGUUAGAAGUCAUUUCUGAGUCCGAGUGACAAAAAUUAUGUACCUUCUUAAAUAAAUCAUGUUAUAUUCCAAUAAUUAUAUUGCUUAUGACUAGCAAUAUCAUAAAAGAUGUGAUCAAGUCCUUUUUAUCUUAAUCAACCACAUUUCU